GGGGGUGCAAGGACCAUGCUCAUCACGCUGUGCUACUUGUACCUGUGGGCGCGUUGGGGCCGCAGCCCCGCCGGCCUCGUGCGCUCCGCCGUGCGCCGUCUGCACCGCUCCCCCUGCUCCUUCACCUUCUGCCGGGGGCCCGGGGACCCCACACCCACCCUGACCCCGACCCCGACCCCCACCCCGGGCCCCCGCGACGACGGCGUCUGCCUGCGGGUCGGCGCUCGGCUCUUCUUCACCGGCUGCAGCCAGUCGAUUGAUGACUUGAACACGUGGGUCCUGCUACUGGUUUCUCCCUUUGUGUACCGGGGCGACAUCCUGGGCGCGGAACGCAUCGCCUUCGUGGCCGAGAGCGUGGCGACUCACGCCGAGAGUUUGCAGGCAGCAACCGCCUCGUCCGAAAAGAUCGUUAGGCUUUCAGACUGUUGCUUACCUUUGGCCUGCCGGCCCGGGGAACCGUACCAGUUAAUGGCCGAAGCCAGCGUGGACGACUUCAGCAAGCUGGGGAUAGCGUUCAUGGAAGGCAGACUCCGAAUGGACGAUGGAAUGGUCCCGCAGAAGAUCGUCUCCGUGCACCUGCAGGCAUCCGUGCUGAAGGAGCUGCAGCAGCUGGUGGCCCCCACGGCAGCGGAGCGGCCGGUGGGGAGGCCCGCCCCCGAGGGCCCUCCGGAGCCGCGGGGAGGCCGCGCUUCCCCCAGAGAGGCCGCCGGUCCCGCCCACCCCCACCGCCACCUCCAUCCCCUCCACCUGUCCAGCUGCCACGAGUGCCUUGAGCUGGAAAACAGCACCAUCGAGUCGGUCAAGUUCGCGUCCGCCGAGGACAUCCCCGACCUCCCCUACGACGGCUGCGGCGACGGCGGACCCGCGGCCGGCGACUCCGGCCUGCCCGCCGGACGGGGACGGAAAGCCGGCGCCUCCGAAAAGGUCCCCAACGUGCUGGUGUACGUGGGCGCCGAUCCCGCCCGGUUCCAGCCGCUCCGGGCCGUCCUGGCCGACUGCCUGGCCGCGGACAGCUACACCGUGUACCCGCUGCGGGAGGAGGACGUGCUGGGGGCCCCGUGGCUGGACUGCGCCGCGCUCCUGGUGCUCGCCGCUGCGGGGCCGCUGCCCGAGGCGGUCCGCCAGCGGGUCCUGGCCUACCUGGACCGGGGCGGGAAGGUGCUGGGCCUGGCCUCCUCCUUCGUGUGCGGUGGCCUCCGCCUCCGGAGAUGGGACGCCCCGGGCCCGGCCGUGCGGGACCUGGUGUUCUCCGUGGGGGCCGGCCGCAGAGGGCACCGUCUGCACGUCCUGACCAGCGGCUGGACGUUCGAGGGGGAGCCGGCCGCCGGCCCGGGAAGGCUGCGGGGUCACCCGGCCGAGGCGGAAGGAGAGGGGCUCGUCGUCCACCUGCCCCACGGGGAGGCUGGCGGGGAAGCCGUCCUGUGCCAGGUUCACUUGGAAGCGUCUCCGGGCUCGGUGGCCACCCAGUCCCCGGAUGACUUCAACCUGCUGAAAACCAGCAACAGCGAGAGGUUUGAGGUGCUGAAGGAGAUCCUGACUGCACUCGGCCUGAACUGUGACCCCCAGCCGGCCCCUCCCUUGACCCCCCUGUACCUGCUGACGCCCCAACCGGAAACUGGAGGGGUAUUCAGGCAGUGGCUGGAAAAGCACGUGGAUGCCCAGGGGAUGAUCCCUUCUCACCAGGUCACCCUCCAGUUCGUUCCCUCCUACGAGCCGGAGAUGGAAGUGACCCCGGCCCGCAUCCCUGUCGUCACAGAGACCGAGGGCUUCGCCUCCGAGUAUUUCAGCAUGGACACCUAUCGGGAGAACCUGCGGACUAAGACGCUGGGGAAGGUGGUGCUGUUCGCCGAAGUGACUACCUCCACCAUGAGCCUCCUGGACGGAUUGAUGCUCGAGACACCGGCGGAGAUGGGGCUCGUCGCCAUCGCGGGCCGCCAGACGCAGGGCCGAGGCCGCGGUGGGAACGCUUGGCUGAGCCCGGUGGGCUGUGCCCUGUCCACGGCCCUCCUCUCCGUGCCUCUGGCAUCCCACCUGGGGCAGCGAAUCCCCUUUGUCCAGCAUCUGGUGUCCCUGGCCGUGGUGGAGGCGGUGCGGACAAUCCCUGGCUACCAGGACAUCGACUUACGGGUGAAGUGGCCCAAUGAUAUUUACUACGGUGACCUCCUGAAGCUGGGCGGGGUACUGGUCAAUUCCAUACUUCUGGGGACCACUUUUUAUAUUCUGGCCGGGUUUGGAGUGAACGUGAGCAACAGCAACCCCACCGUCUGCAUCAACGACCUCAUCGAGGAGCACAACAGGAAGCACGCGGGCGGACUCCCGCCCCUGCACGCCGACGCGCUCAUCGCCCGGACCCUGACCGCGCUCGAGGGGCUGCUGGACGCAUUCCAGGCCCGAGGCCCUGACGGCGUCUUGCCCCUGUACUACAAAUACUGGCUGCACAGCGGCCAACAGAUCCGCCUGGGCGGCGACUCCGGGCCCCUGGCCUGGGUGGUGGGGCUCGACGACUCGGGGUUCCUGCAGGUCCACCGCGAGGGCCAGGGCAUCGACACUGUGCAUCCCGACGGCAAUUCCUUCGACAUGUUGCACAAUCUCAUCCUCCCCAAACGGCCGUAGGCCCGCCCGCGGCGGGGCCGGGGACCGGGGGCCCGGGCCGGGAAGUCCUUCCGGCGCAGACUCCGGAACCUGCCGGAGUUUGGGUUUCCCUCUCUCUCCCGUGGCUCUUGUGGUGGCUUGUCUUUGGAGCGUCGGGCCUGUUUUUCUCGAGCGAGAUGGGGAGUGGCGUCCCGAGGGAAGGGCUCCGUCCUGGGAGCGACCGCGGCCUUUCCCAGCGGGAUCCCGCCCCGCUCUGUCGCGCGGAGAGGGCCGGCGGUCGAACCGUACCGUUUCCCCUCACCGUGGGUGUCGCCAAUACAUGGACAAAGUGACCCUGGUGCCCCGCGGGCACGUGUGACCAGCCAUGUGUGGCUGGGAGGGCGGGGUCUCGUCCGAGUGUGCGAGAGUGUGUGUGUGUGUGUGUGUGUGUGUGUGUGUGUGUGUAGGUAGCAGGGGGUGGUGGUGUUAAAGGGAAUUCUGCCCGUACACAUGGGGGUUGGUGAUAGGAGUGUGGGCAGCAGGGGGUGGCGGUGGUGGCCAGAAUUCUGUCCAUGCACACAGGGUGGCAGGUGGGUACGUGGGUGGCAGGGGUGCAGGGAUUCUGUCCAUGAGGUUAAGGGUGGCGGAUGGGCGCGUGGGCAUCAGGGGAUGGCAGUGGUGGAGGGGAUUCUUCCCGUGUACCCGAGGCGCGGGGGCGGUGGCGGUGGCUGCCGUGGGGCUGGGGCCGGGGGUUCCGGGGGCAGGGAGACCUAAUGAGAAGCAGGUUGGGUUUUGGUCGGUGACUUAGCGCCGUCCCAGACGCUCUGCGUCGGGGGAGACGUGAUCAUUUCAUUUCCUCUCUGCAAAUGAAAACUAAUGAAGUGCGGGGCCCGGCGAGGCUACUGCCCCGUGGCCGCCCGGAACCGGCGCUCGAGCUCCCUGCUUCCGGCUUGCCGGAGAGCUUUUCCUAAUGACGACGAUGGCGAUUCUGGUAUUGGUUAAGCGUUUACUAGCUGCCUAACACUGUACUAGCACUGGUAGACGAAAGAGCAUCAUGUGGCCCCCGGAGCUUGCGGGCUAUGUAA